GGCUUUUCCUUUGGCUGCUUACACAGGAAACCAAGGUGGGGAGUGCCACGGGUGAUCUCAUGCUGGCAUGACGUCAAGAACCCUUGACGUCAGAAGGCGGUUGCCACGGAGACUGUUCGCCACUGACGGCAAAGUCGUGAAACCCAGUCACUACCACACUUGUCUCCGUUUCGGCCUGUGCAGAGUGUAAGCUGCUAAAGAAGCUUCAACCUUAAGGGGGCCUCAGGGAGAGAGUUGUGCUGCGCCGCCGAGAGCUCCACCUCCGUGGCUCUCGGUCCGGGGCCCUGGCCUGUGGCGGCGAGCCGUGGCCGCUGGAGGCGGGAGGCGGCGGCAGGCGGCCCGCCCGGGUCUACCUCGCUCGGUGCAGGGCCGGGAGAGGGGAUCCGCCAUAUUGGAGCCGGAGCUGAAGGUGCCUUGGAGCCGCGGCGCGAGGCGGGUGGAGGUGGCGGCCUUAGCCUGGAUCGGGGAGGAGUCGGCUCUGCCCGGGCCCGCAAGGCUGGGGAGCGAAUGAGCCGCUCGGGCUAGUCUCCUCCCCGCCCACUCCCUCCACUUUCUGCCGCCGGGAGCCGGCUGGGAGCCGGCUGUGGCAGUGGCAGUGGUAGCGGCAGCGGCAGGAUGUUCUCCAAGAAGCCGCACGGGGACGUGAAGAAGUCCACCCAGAAGGUGCUGGACACCAAGAAGGACGCACUGACUCGCCUCAAGCACCUGCGCAUCGUCAUCGAGAAUGCAGAAUCUAUUGAUCUUAAACAAUUUUUCGACCAACAUUUUUCACAUAUAUACUAUGUGUUCUUUGAAAAUUUUGUGACUAUUGAAGCUAGUCUUAAACAGAAAGGUCACAAGUCUCAAAGAGAAGAAUUGGAUGCUAUACUUUUUAUUUUUGAGAAAAUUUUACAGCUUCUUCCAGAAAGAAUUCAUCAGCGAUGGCAGUUUCAUAGUAUUGGAUUGAUUUUAAAGAAACUACUUCACACAGGAAACUCCUUAAAGAUUAGGCGGGAAGGUGUUCGUCUUUUCUUACUAUGGUUGCAAGCUCUUCAGAAUAACUGUAGCAAAGAACAGCUCUGGAUGUUUUCAUGCUUAAUCCCUGGAUUUUCAGCACCACAGUCUGAGCAUGGACCUCGAACUUUAGAUAAUCUCAUUAAUCCUCCACUCAACCUUCAAGAAACUCAAGUCACUAUAGAAGAAAUCACUCCUCUUGUCCCCCCGCAAUCAGGAGAUAAAGGGCAAGAAGAUCUCACAAGCUAUUUUCUUGAAGCACUUCUAAAAUAUAUAGUAAUUCAGGUAAAAAGUUUAGAAUGGAAGAAUAAAGAAAACCAAGAAAGGGGAUUUUCAUUUUUGUUUUCACAUUUUAAGAAAUAUUACUUGCCUUAUAUUUUUCCAAACAUCUGUAAGGAGAACAGUUUAUAUCAUCCUAUACUUGACAUCCCACAAAUGAGACCAAAGCCACAUUAUGUCAUGAUAAAGAAAGAUGCUGAAACCAAUGAAGCAAUCUAUUGUACAAAGGAGCCUUUCAUUAAAGCUCGCGUUAUUGUCAUUCGUUGGCUGGUUUCUUUCUGGCUGGAGCCAAAACCACAUACAGGACCUCAUAUUCCUGGGAUGGAAGGUGAAGUCUUGCCAAAGAAUAUUCAGAGAGCAGCUGCUAGUUUAGUAUCCAGAGAAGAAAGCAAAAAUGAUAAUGCUGAUAAAGCAGACAGAACUACAGAACCAGAACAGUCUCAUUCCAAUACAAGCACUCUCACAGAGCGAGAACCUAGCUCGUCUAGUCUCUGUAGUAUUGAUGAAGAACAUCUCACAGACAUUGAAAUAGUUCGCAGAGUUUUUUCUUCUAAAAGAAGUAACGUAAACUUUGUGACAGAGAUAUUUCGUCAGAAACUUGAUAUUUUGCUUCAGGAAAAUGGGACCAAUACUGCUGAUCAUGUUCGAAAUUCCAGUUGGGCAAAAAAUGGCUCCUUCCAAGGUGCUCUUCAUAAAGCCUCUGAUGAAGCCACAGAACAAAACAUACAAGCUGGUACCCAGGCAGUUUUGCAGGUGUUCAUUAUAAACUCAUCAAAUAUAUUUCUCCUUGAACCUGCAAAUGAAAUAAAAACUCUUCUGGAUGAGCACACAGAUAUGUGUAAACGCAUUCUUAAUAUUUAUCGGUACAUGGUUGUACAAGUAUCAAUGGACAAAAAGACUUGGGAACAGAUGCUGCUUGUGUUGCUCAGAGUCACGGAGUCUGUACUGAAGAUGCCAUCACAAGCUUUUCUACAGUUCCAAGGGAGAAAAAAUAUGACCUUGGCAGGUCGACUUGCAGGACCACUUUUCCAGACCCUUAUAGUUGCCUGGAUCAAAGCAAACCUAAAUGUAUACAUCUCCCGAGAACUCUGGGAUGACUUACUGUCAGUAUUGUCAUCAUUGACCUAUUGGGAAGAGUUGGCCACUGAGUGGUCACUGACUAUGGAGACAUUAACUAAAGUUUUAGCUAGGAAUUUAUAUAGUUUGGAUCUCAGUGAUUUACCGUUGGAUAAACUGAGUGAACAGAAACAAAAAAAGCACAAAGGGAAAGGAGUUGGACAUGAAUUUCAGAAAGUUUCAGUUGACAAGUCAUUUUCUAGAGGAUGGAGUCGUGAUCAGCCUGGCCAAGCCCCAAUGAGACAGAGGAGUGCAACAACCACUGGUUCUCCAGGAACCGAAAAGGCGAGGAGUAUAGUACGGCAAAAAACUGUUGCCAUGAGAAGCCGAUCCAUUGGUGAAUGUGCUCUGCCAUCGGCCUAUAUACGCAGUGCUAAAAGUGCUCCUGUUCUGAUCCAUACUUCCAAACCCUUCUUGCCUGAUAUUGUUCUCACUCCCCUUUCUGAUGAGCUUUCAGAUAUUGAUGAUGCUCAAAUACUUCCCCGCUCAACUAGAGUCAGACAUUUUUCACAAAGUGAAGAAACUGGAAAUGAAGUUUUUGGUGCUUUGAAUGAGGAGCAGCCAUUGCCUCGAAGUAGCAGCACUUCUGACAUCUUGGAACCAUUCACUGUUGAACGAGCCAAAGGUGCAGUUCCUGUCAUUGACAGUUCAUCCCGCCAUGCACCAAGCUUGCAGAGUUCCACAGAGGCUUCUUCAAUAACUAGAUCCACUGAAAGCCACAUCACUGAUACUCAUAGUAGAGAGUCUUCUCUGGAAGUUGGUGAUAGCAUAUAUGACCAUCUUUGUCAUUUAAUAGGUCCAGUAGGACUUGCAGAUUCAGCUUUUGAACAAAUCCAGUACAUUGACCUUGAAGGAGAUGAUGAUCUUCUUUCCACCUUGAAAGAAUAUUUUAAGGAAAACCAGGAAAAUCAUAGUAAAAAUGAGAUAGGUAAAGACCUAGCCUCUCAGGAAGUGACUAUUGCAGUAAACAGGGGUGAAAGGUUAUCAUUAGAUAAAGUAGAAUGCACAGAUCAGGAAAUUAGAUCCGAAAAUAUCACCUCUUUUGUUGGGACUCCUGAAAACCUACAGUUUCAGAAAGAACCAGACUCAGCUGUCUUCAUGAGUAACAUUGCACCUGUCCAGUCAGACAGUUUUAUUAGAACACAAACUUCUGAAAAAUCUAAGCAACUAAACAGUGAUAAACAGCCAUCAGAGCCUAGUUCAGAUAGCCCUUGUGAUAAAGAAAAAAGGAAACAUCUAUGUAGACAAACAGCCACAGAAUUAGAUGCUUGUGUUGAUGUAACACUAGUUGAAAAGCUUAAGAGUGUGCAAAUUAAUGAAAAAAUCACUGUCCCACAUGUUAUGCGUGCCAAGAAAGCAACAGUAAAAGCACCUGUUAACCGCAGAAUGCCUCACAUUACAAAUACUAGCAAACUUUCUCCAACUAAAAGGAGUUUGUCUGAAACAGUAACUCAUAGAGCUAAAAUCAUGAAAAUUGCUACCAAAAAACGAAAUAGUGUUCAUGUUACUUUUAGACCAUCCACUGAGUCCGUUCAGUUUUAUAAUCCUCUGGAAAACAAAGAGGCUCCAUGGAAGAUGAGACUGCGGAAGCUCGGUGGCUUUAGUAGUAGUAGCAGCAAUAGCAGCACCAGCAACACCCAUACCAGCUCAAAUAGUGCUGCGGAGCUAGUAAAACCUGGUGUGUACAGACCUCUAGAUACACUUAAUACUGCAUCAGUAAGUAGUAAAACAGUGAAGGAAUCCACAGAGAUUCCCACCACCAUGUUACAAAAAGAAGGAAUUGCAAGUAAUCAAUUAGGUAGUCGUAGUACUCUUAGGUCAUCAAGUCAUGAGGCAGGACUACAGCAGGGCUCCCUGGGUGGCGUUUAUAAAACUGUUGUACAUGCUCUUUCGAAGCCGAAGGCAAAUGUUUCCCCACAGAGGCAGAACAGAAUGCCACCAGAGGCUCCACUGAGGGAUCUGUACAGUCAUGUAAUGGGCUAUUUUGGAAGGAAAGCUGCAGUCAAUAAAGAGGACAUGAGCCAAAAACUGCCUCCUCUUAAUACUGAUAUUGGCAGCAGCAGUGCCAAUGUUCCUGAUCUGAUGGAUGAGUUUAUAGCAGAACGACUUCGAAGUGGCAAUGCCUCGACUAUGACAAGAAGGGGAAGUAGUCCAGGCAGCCUCGAAAUUCCCAAAGACCUCCCUGAUAUUCUAAACAAGCAGAACCAGAUGCGCCCUAUUGAUGACCCAGGUGUGCCCUCAGAAUGGACUUCUCCUGCCAGUGCAGGGAGCAGUGAUCUUAUCAGUUCAGAUAGUCAUUCGGAUUCUUUCAGCGCUUUCCAGUAUGAUGGCAGAAAAUUUGACAAUUUUGGCUUUGGAGCUGACAUUGGGGUUAUGUCCUCUGCUGAUGUGGAUUCAGGUUCUGGCCAUCAUCAGAGUGCUGAAGAGCAGGAAGUGGCUAGUCUAACUACCCUUCAUAUAGAUUCUGAAACAAGCAGUCUUAAUCAACAAGCUUUCUCUGCUGAAGUUGCAACCAUCACUGGUUCAGAAAGUGCUUCCCCAGUCCAUUCACCUCUGGGCUCCAGGUCACAGACACCUUCCCCUUCCACGUUGAAUAUAGAUCACAUGGAACAGAAGGAUCUGCAGCUUGAUGAGAAGCUCCACCACUCUGUUCUUCAGACACCAGAUGAUCUAGAAAUCAGUGAAUUUCCAUCAGAAUGUUGUAGUGUGAUGGCAGGAGGUACCCUGACUGGAUGGCAUGCUGAUGUUGCUACUGUAAUGUGGCGAAGAAUGCUAGGCAUUUUGGGAGAUGUAAAUUCAAUCAUGGAUCCUGAAAUACAUGCUCAAGUUUUUGAUUACCUCUGUGAACUUUGGCAGAAUCUAGCUAAGAUUAGAGAUAACCUCGGCAUUUCAACUGAUAACCUGACCUCCCCUUCUCCACCAGUUUUAAUUCCUCCACUGAGAAUUCUUACACCUUGGCUUUUUAAGGCAACCAUGUUGACUGAUAAAUAUAAACAAGGUAAAUUACAUGCAUAUAAACUUAUUUGUAAUACAAUGAAAAGAAGACAAGAUGUUUCUCCAAAUAGAGAUUUUUUAACACAUUUCUACAAUAUAAUGCAUUGUGGAUUACUUCAUAUUGAUCAGGAUAUUGUCAAUACAAUCAUCAAGCAUUGUUCACCUCAGUUUUUUUCACUUGGUUUGCCUGGUGCCACAAUGCUUAUUAUGGAUUUUAUUGUAGCAGCUGGUAGAGUGGCUUCUUCAGCUUUUCUUAAUGCACCAAGAGUAGAAGCACAAGUUCUUCUGGGAUCUUUGGUUUGCUUUCCCAACUUAUAUUGUGAACUGCCUUCUCUUCAUCCCAACAUUCCUGAUGUUGCUGUGUCCCAGUUUACAGAUGUUAAGGAACUUAUAAUCAAAACUGUAUUAAGCUCAGCAAGAGAUGAGCCCUCUGGUCCUGCACGGUGUGUAGCACUUUGUAGUUUAGGUAUCUGGAUUUGUGAAGAGCUAGUCCAUGAGUCUCAUCAUCCUCAAAUUAAGGAAGCUCUGAAUGUGAUUUGUGUUUCCUUAAAGUUUACUAAUAAAACGGUAGCCCACGUAGCUUGUAACAUGCUUCACAUGCUGGUUCAUUAUGUCCCUAGACUUCAGAUUUACCAGCCUGAUUCUCCCUUGAAAAUUAUACAAAUUCUAAUAGCUACUAUUACGCAUCUUCUACCAAGUACUGAAGCUUCAUCUUAUGAAAUGGACAAGAGGUUGGUAGUAUCUUUACUUCUCUGCCUUCUGGACUGGAUCAUGGCCAUACCUCUAAAGACACUGCUCCAACCAUUUCAUGCUACGGGAGCAGAAAGUGAUAAAACAGAAAAAUCUGUUCUCAAUUGCAUUUAUAAGGUUUUACAUGGAUGUGUUUAUGGAGCUCAGUGUUUUAGCAAUCCAAGGUAUUUUCCCAUGAGCCUCUCUGAUUUGGCAUCUGUAGAUUAUGAUCCUUUUAUGAAUUUGGAAAGUCUGAAAGAGCCUGAACCACUGCACUCUCCUGACUCAGAACGAUCUUCUAAACUCCAGCCAGUAACAGAAGUGAAAACUCAAAUGCAGCAUGGAUUAAUCUCUAUAGCAGCCCGCACUGUUAUUACACAUCUGGUAAAUCACCUGGGCCAUUAUCCAAUGAGUGGUGGUCCUGCUAUGCUAACAAGUCAGGUGUGUGAAAAUCAUGACAAUCAUUACUGUGAAAGUACUGAACUUUCUCCUGAACUUUUUGAGAGUCCAAAUAUCCAGUUCUUUGUGUUAAAUAAUACAACGUUAGUGUCCUGUAUCCAGAUCAAAUCAGAAGAGAAUAUGCCUGGAGGAGGUUUAUCUGCUGGUCUUGCAUCAGCCAAUUCAAAUGUCAGAAUCAUAGUACGCGAUCUUUCUGGAAAAUAUUCAUGGGAUUCUGCUAUACUGUAUGGCCCACCUCCUGUAAGUAGCUUGUCAGAACCUACAUCUUUCAUGCUGUCAUUGUCUCACCAAGAGAAGCCAGAAGAGCCUCCCACAUCUAAUGAAUGCUUAGAAGAUAUAACAGUAAAAGAUGAACUUUCUCUCCAUUUUAAAAGAUUUAGAGAAACUGUACCAACUUGGGAUACCAUAAGAGAUGAAGAAGAUGUUCUUGAUGAGCUCUUGCAGUAUUUGGGUGUUACUAGUCCUGAAUGCUUACAGAGAACUGGAAUCUCACUUAAUAUUCCUGCUCCGCAACCUGUGUGCAUUUCUGAAAAACAAGAAAAUGAUGUUAUUAACGCUAUCCUUAAGCAACAUACAGAAGAAAAAGAAUUUGUUGAGAAGCACUUUAAUGACUUAAGCAUGAAAGCUGUGGAACAAGAUGAACCAACACCUCAAAAACCGCAGUCAGCAUUUUAUUAUUGCAGAUUGCUUCUUAGUAUAUUGGGAAUGAAUUCCUGGGACAAACGGAGGAGCUUUCAUCUCCUGAAGAAAAAUGAAAAGCUACUUAGAGAACUUAGGAACUUGGAUUCAAGGCAGUGCCGAGAGACACACAAGAUUGCAGUAUUUUAUGUUGCUGAAGGACAAGAAGACAAACACUCCAUUCUCACCAAUACAGGAGGAAGUCAAGCAUAUGAAGAUUUUGUAGCUGGUCUUGGUUGGGAGGUAAAUCUUACAAACCAUUGUGGUUUUAUGGGAGGACUACAGAAAAACAAAAGCACUGGAUUGACCACUCCAUAUUUUGCUACCUCUACAGUAGAAGUAAUAUUUCAUGUAUCAACAAGAAUGCCUUCUGAUUCUGAUGAUUCUUUGACCAAAAAAUUGAGACAUUUGGGAAAUGAUGAAGUUCACAUUGUUUGGUCAGAGCAUACUAGAGACUACAGGAGAGGAAUUAUUCCCACAGAAUUUGGUGAUGUCCUUAUUGUAAUAUAUCCAAUGAAAAAUCACAUGUUCAGUAUUCAGAUAAUGAAAAAACCAGAGGUUCCUUUCUUUGGUCCCCUUUUUGAUGGUGCUAUUGUGAAUGGAAAGGUUCUACCCAUUAUGGUUAGAGCAACAGCUAUAAAUGCAAGCCGUGCUCUGAAAUCCCUGAUUCCAUUGUAUCAAAACUUCUAUGAGGAGAGAGCACGAUACCUGCAAACAAUUGUCCAGCACCACUUAGAACCAACAACAUUUGAAGAUUUUGCAGCACAGGUUUUUUCUCCAGCUCCCUACCAUCAUUUACCAUCUGAUGCCGUUGGCUCCUACCCAGAGAUUCUACCCAGUGAAACUCCCACAGCAACGCAGGUAGAUGGGGCUGACCUGGCCUCUCCAAUGUCUCCUCGAACUAGCAAAAGCCGCAUGUCCAUGAAGCUGCGUCGUUCCUCUGGCUCAGCCAAUAAAUCCUAAGGAGACAAGCAGCCCAACAGUGAUCAGCUGUAGCCACCUUAGCACGAACAUAGGGUUAACCCUUUCAGGCCUUCAUGUCUGCCAUAACAUGCAUGUUUCUUCCUGUAUUUGAGAAAACACUGGAUUUAAAUAAUUUUAAAUAAUUUGUAGCUUAAUAUUAAAAAUUUGGGUUAUUUAUUAUUUCAUUUUUUCCCACAGUCCAAGCUGCCAUAUUUUGAGGGCGGGGGAGAGUUUUAUUCUACACCCUUUACCUUCCUAAUUAUGUCUAAGUGGUUUUAAUCUUUAAUUUCACGGUUAACUUUGAGCCAAAAUAUAAUUGGACAGGUAGUCUCAUUAUUUUAUUUAUUGUGCCCCAUUGCAACUUUAUGGUUCAAUAAAUAUAUAAUUUUUUUACAAAUGUAAAAUUUUAAAUUUAAGCAUUUGUAAAGUUAUAGCAGAAGAUGCACCUGUUAAUGCACAGAAUGUGUACAGAUUAUUUAUGUUAAAAAAUAAAACACUCAAAAUAAAUGAUCUUUAGCAUCUCAAACUCCAACUGAAAUCAUUUUGGUAUUAACCGUUUCUUCCCAAAGCAAUAUCUCAUUUAUUGGCUGUGUGGGUGAUGCCAUGUUAUAUACAAUAACUAGAAAAAUCACUGUGCUGAACUUUGAUUUAUGUUUAGCUUCCAAGUAUUUUUCUAAUGUUUUGCAUUUUAAGUGGUAUCACUGUUAAAUGCCAUUUGUUUUCAGAUUGUGGCCUUUUAUUAUUGACUGCUAGAUCCUGGUGUAUCUGUGUUCAUUUUUAAGCACCAAAAAGAAGAUAGGGAAAAAAAGAAAGAAAAUUUUCUGAUAUAAAUAUGUUGUUCAAAUUAUGUGUAUUAUUAAAAAAAGGAAAAGGAAUAUGACCCAGGAGUCUAACUUAAAUCUAAAAUUGUUAAUACUGAACUUGCAGGUGCAGGUUGAUAUACAUUCCACCCUUUAGAAGUAUUUUCUUACAGUAGAUAAGCUGCUCACAUUUUGUUUUGAAUGGGCAUCUCCUGAGGAAAUGUAGCAUGACAUUGGUACUAACUGCAUGUGUAAAUAUAUCAUACUGGCAAACCAUAAAAUAUAAAUUAUGUAUCAUCAUUUAUGUAGUAUCUAUAAUUUGUAGCAGUGGGGGAAAAAGAUGACAUGGUAUUUAAUAAUACAAUAAAAAUAUUCUUAUCACUUCCUA